GUACAUGUCAGGAGGAGAGAAGCUCUCUCUCUAAAGAGAUCACUGCAGGCUGGCAUAGCUCCCUUCAUCAUUCAGACAAAGCAUCUAUCAGCUGUAGCUUUUCUUCAUGGAUCCCUUCUGCCUUGAUAUACACAUGGGGUUUCUGAAACCCCAAUGCUCGAUACCACUGCCACCUCAAAGAGGACGAGCAGAAGCAUGCACGUGUUUCACCGGAAUGUGUGCUCUUCAUCAACGCAGGCUUUCUACAGACUCCUCCGGACAUAUGACGUCCUCUCCUCUCAGCUCUCCCACGUCCCACCGGGGGAUGCACCCGUCACUGCUGAGCCCGACUUCUUUAGGCCCCUCAGGGUCUCUGCACUCUCCCAUCAGCACUCUAAGCUCACCCAUGAAUGGCCUGGGCUCUCCCUUCUCUGUCAUCAGCUCACCCAUGGGGCCACAUUCCAUGGCGUCCCCCGGGAUGGGCUAUGGCCCCAGCAUCAGCCCACAGCUGAACUCGCCCAUGAACUCUGUCAGCAGCUCAGAAGAUAUCAAGCCUCCCCUUGGCAUCAAUGGUGUGAUGAAGGUGCCAUCCCAGCCCUUGGGCACCCCUCUCUCCCUCACCAAACACAUCUGUGCCAUCUGUGGCGACACUUCACCAGGUAAACACUAUGGUGUGUACAGCUGCGAGGGGUGCAAGGGUUUCUUCAAGAGAACUGUGCGUAAGGACCUGACUUACACUUGUCGAGACAACAAGGACUGUAUUAUCGACAAACGCCAGCGCAACCGCUGCCAGUACUGCCGCUAUCAGAAGUGUUUGGCCAUGGGAAUGAAAAGAGAAGCCGUCCAGGAGGAGCGCCAGCGAGCCAGGGACCGCAACGAGAACGAGGUGGAGUCGACCAGCAGUGUGAACGAAGACAUGCCUGUGGAGAAGAUCUUGGAAGCGGAGCUUGCUGUGGAACCCAAGACGGAGACUUACAUUGAAACCAAUGUACCAGUGCCCUCAAAUUCACCCAAUGAUCCAGUCACAAACAUCUGUCAGGCUGCAGACAAGCAGCUUUUCACUCUAGUGGAAUGGGCCAAGAGGAUCCCGCAUUUUUCAGAGCUCCCGCUGGACGACCAGGUCAUUCUUCUACGAGCAGGAUGGAAUGAGCUCCUCAUUGCAUCAUUUUCACACCGUUCAAUAGCAGUGAAAGAUGGGAUACUGUUGGCCACAGGAUUGCAUGUGCACCGGAACAGCGCCCACAGCGCCGGAGUAGGAGCCAUAUUUGACAGGGUGUUGACGGAAUUGGUGUCAAAGAUGAGGGACAUGCAGAUGGAUAAAACAGAGCUAGGGUGCCUUCGAGCCAUCGUCCUCUUCAACCCAGACUCCAAAGGCCUGUCAAACCCAGGUGAGGUGGAGGCGCUGAGAGAGAAGGUCUAUGCCUCUCUGGAAGCCUACUGCAAACAGAAAUACCCUGAACAACCUGGAAGGUUUGCUAAGCUGUUGCUGCGGCUCCCUGCCCUGCGUUCCAUUGGACUGAAAUGUUUGGAGCAUCUGUUCUUCUUCAAGCUCAUAGGAGACACACCCAUCGAUACCUUCCUCAUGGAGAUGCUAGAGGCGCCCCACCAAAUGACAUAAUGACAUAACGCCCUCCUGUCGCCAGGAGGACACAAGGGUCUGCCACCCCAAAGGCCCCUUAGAAACUCAACACGUGACACCAUUUGGCAGAGCAAAGGAACUUUCAGAACCACCGCUCAACUCAGCGUUUCCAAUACACAGUCGUGGCGUCCAUGGGUCUGUUUUAUACUUUGUAUAAAGAUAUAAAUCUAUAUAUAUAACACACAAGAAAAAAGAUGACAAUGGACUUCAAGCCCACAGACAACAGUGGUGCAUAUGAAAAAAAAAAAUGAUUGAUUUGAUCAAGGUGCAGUAAUUGUAGCAAUGUCUUACGCAAACUCAUGUACAUUGGGGUUUAAGAUGGGAGGGAUCCAGGGAUGUAAUCAGCCUCAUUCAGGAUUGGAUAGAGCCAUCCUGGGCUGGCCUGUCAGGGCACAUGAAGACUUAUGGGAGAUGAUAAUAAUGGUAAUGCGGGUAAUAAUCGGGGUUUCUAACACACAUUGUGUUUUCAGCCCCUUAUGGGAGUUUUUGCGAUUACAAUCCUGCUCAGAUUGCCGUUUUUCCCUCAAGCGGCCUGCUCCUGACAGAAUGUUCUUGUCAUUAAACUGUCAUUGAGUGCUCUGAACAAAGGAACCAAGUGAGGAAAUCACAGACUGCGUUGGUUCUCCCAGUUCGCCCCGAGCAUCAUCAGUGGUGGGUAGAAGAUGCAAUAAGGACAUAACUUCAGGAUCAGAUAGGAAGGGACACCUGAGGUCGCUGUGAGCAGAUCCCAGUGUCUAAAAUGAGCCACUCUGAGUUUUGGACUUUGAUCAUUCACACUUUUUCAUUAUGCACUCGAAACAUGAGCUUUUAAAAAUCCAAUCUGCCUGUUCUCACAGAGCCCAUGAUGCUGAAACGUGAAUGACAUAAACUAAGGGCGCUUAUAGUGGAUAUCCCACCUAAGUCGCCCACGUUCCACUGUGUCUCAUCUGUAUACCAGUUCACCUCAAGUGGUUUUCCAAACGAGCUUGACAUUUGUACAGUUUAUUACAACCAAUUCAGUAUUGGGAUCCUGUAUUUUUUGGAUGAUUUUUCAAAAUGUUUGCGUUACCUCUCUUUCAGUCACUUUUACUAUGGUAUAUCGAUUCCUUCGUGUCCCUCAUUCACUCCUGCGUCAGCCUUUCGCACGAGCCAUCUCAUGCAUUCAGGUCUUGCAAAUCUGUGUUAUCAUUAGGAUGUUUCUAAGCACUUAACCUCAUGUUUCAAGUCCCGUUGUUGUGUUUUUGGGGCUGCCUUUUUAUUUGUAUAUUUUUUCAAUGAGGUAUCAUAUGUGUCUGGGUCUGUAAUUUGCCAUUUUCAGCGUGUUUUUUUAUUAUUUCUGUAUGCUGCUGCUGCUAAACUAUGCAUUUAGCAUUUUUUUUUUCUCCCAAAGACUGUCCAUAGUGAGGCUGAUUUUCAGACUCUGGCAAUGAAAGACCACAUGUGAACAAGGUUAGACCGCCAGGACCAAGAUUCGGGACUCCAGCAGUUCGUAGAGAGAUAUUAAGGGUUUUGCAGAGGGAGGAGUGGAGCAGUACUGGUAGGGAAUAAUACUGAGGCAAUGGGAGAGCUGAGACUUCCACCUAGUGGUGGAUAUGCAGCACUGCAACAUUACUUGAAUUUUGUACAAGUAUUUAAUCGGAUAAAAAAAGGCACUUUUACGUGAUAUUAUCAUUGUUUGUUUUUGUUUGAGUGCAGUCUCACAAGGGUCUUCAGCAAUCACAUGAAUUAGAUCACUCGAGAUGGUUUAUCCAGAGUGAAGCCCAACCAACUUAAGUCAAUACUGUUUAUUAGGAUGCCUCUCCAUGAUUACAUUUCUGAAAAUCAGCUUUUCGUCCUCUUACCCUCAUUUCCUUUGCGUGGCAAAUGAAUUUUAUUGGCUUCACUAGACUUGUUAAUGAAUGAGUAUUUUGGAUCACUGGCAUCUUGAAGCCAUAUUCAGGUUUGAGAACAAAAACUUUCUCCUGUUGGAAAUGGAGUAAUGGAGAAAUGAUAACCUAGAUAGAAUUAAUACAUACGCAAAUGCUUUAUAACAUAAAGCUAUAUUUUGUCUAUAUGUAAAUGUGUGUAUAUUUCUAAAUAUGAAAGUAUAUGAAUCCAGUCUUUAAAUGUUUCUGAACAAUUUUAGCAAUGGAGCCAAGCAUUUUUCCUUAAAUUGAUUAAAGCCAGGCCUAAUUGCACUGUUCUCAGAUACUAGAAAUGUUUUUAAUUGCUGAAGCUUUUGUGUUCAGCCUUGAAUUACACACACACACAAAAAAGGAAAAUUUUACCAGCAGUUCAGAGCCCUAAGAAAAGAUCGUACACCAGCUCCUUGACUUAUAAAUUAUUUUAUGUUCACAAAACCCAAACAAAUGUCUUGUUAAUGAAAAAAAAUCUGAAGGAACUUGUUGCAUAGCCACUCCCCCCCCCCAUUUAAACUAGUGAGGAUAAACUUUGACCCUGACACAGUCACCGCUUCAGUCGUCACAGAGACAGGACCUUUUAAAAACGUUGAGAAAAAAAAUCUAUUUUUGUACAAAUGUAAUUUUAUCCCUUGCUUAUAUAUCCUCCCUUCCUUCCUCUUUCUGUGGGCUGUUGUGUACAUUGUGUAAAUGUUGAUUUGAAGUGGGAAAAUUUCAAAUCAGAGCAUUUGAAAGUGGAUUGUGUGAGGGAAGACACCUUCACCCUUUUCACAAACACUUUGCCUUUUGAUUUCCUUCUUUCGCCAUCUCAAAGAGAAGGACUGUCCUCUCAUCAUAUUUUGUCUUAUUUUUAAGGAAAUGGAAAAAGACAUCUGUUCUGCUUUGUGGGUUGUUCUUUGAUGUUUUGUCUUUCAAUCAAAUUAAACGUCUAAUUAAAAAUA